ACACAUUCAUUUUCCUGUUCAAACGGGGCGAAUUGGUGUUGUGCCUGUGCCUUGACUUAGCGAUUGGACUGAGCCUUGCUCCUCCCUUCCCUACUCGGAUAGGAGCCACAAGGAUCUGGAGCUCGGGCUUCCAAAUUGCAGCUGGCCUGGGGCCAGCCCGGCAUCUCCUGCAGAGGGAUCAGCCUGCUCGAUCUGCAAGCAUGAUGUGGGGGACCAAACUUCUACCGGUCCUGUUGCUGCAGCACGUCCUCCUGCACCUCCUCCUGCUUCCUGUCACCAUCCCCUAUGCAGAAGGGCAGAAGAAAAGAAGAAAUACACUCCAUGAAUUCAAAAAGUCAGCAAAGACUACUCUCACCAAGGAAGACCCAUUAUUGAAGAUAAAAAGCAAAAAAAUGAACUCGGCAGAUGAGUGUGCCAACAGAUGUAUCAGGAAUAAGGGCCUUCCAUUCACAUGCAAGGCCUUUGUUUUUGAUAAGACAAGAAAACGAUGCCACUGGUUCCCUUUCAAUAGUAUGUCAAGUGGAGUGAAAAAAGGGUUUGGCCAUGAAUUUGACCUCUAUGAAAACAAAGACUACAUUAGAAACUGCAUCAUUGGUAAAGGAAGCAGCUACAAGGGGACAGUAUCUAUCACCAAGAGUGGCAUCAAGUGUCAACCUUGGAGUUCCAUGAUCCCCCAUGAGCACAGCUUUUUGCCUUCGAGCUAUCGCGGUAAAGACCUACAGGAAAACUACUGUCGAAAUCCUCGAGGGGAAGAAGGGGGACCCUGGUGUUUCACAAGCAAUCCAGAGGUACGCUACGAAGUCUGUGACAUUCCUCAGUGUUCAGAAGUUGAAUGCAUGACCUGCAAUGGUGAAAGCUACCGGGGUCCCAUGGAUCACACAGAAUCAGGCAAGACCUGUCAGCGCUGGGAUCAUCAGACACCACACCGGCACAAAUUCUUGCCUGAAAGAUAUCCCGACAAGGGCUUUGAUGAUAAUUACUGCCGCAACCCUGAUGGCAAGCCCAGGCCGUGGUGCUACACUCUUGACCCUGACACCCCUUGGGAAUAUUGUUCAAUUAAAAUGUGCGCUCACAGUACUGUGAAUGAUACCGAUGUCCCUAUGGAAACCACCGAAUGCAUUCAAGGCCAAGGAGAAGGCUACAGGGGAACCAGCAAUACCAUUUGGAAUGGGAUUCCCUGCCAGCGCUGGGAUUCUCAGUACCCUCACCAGCAUGAUGUAACGCCUGAGAACUUCAAGUGCAAGGACCUUAGAGAAAAUUAUUGCCGCAAUCCAGAUGGGGCUGAAUCACCAUGGUGUUUUACCACUGAUCCAAACAUCCGAGUUGGCUACUGCUCGCAAAUUCCCAAGUGUGACGUGUCAAGUGGACAAGAUUGUUAUCGUGGCAAUGGGAAAAAUUACAUGGGCAACUUAUCCAAAACAAGGUCUGGACUUACAUGCUCGAUGUGGGACAAGAAUAUGGAGGAUUUACACCGUCAUAUUUUCUGGGAGCCAGAUGCAAGCAAAUUGAAUAAGAAUUAUUGCCGGAAUCCUGAUGAUGACGCCCAUGGACCUUGGUGCUACACGGGGAAUCCUCUUAUUCCUUGGGAUUAUUGCCCUAUUUCCCGUUGUGAAGGCGAUACCACACCUACGAUUGUCAAUUUGGACCAUCCUGUAAUAUCCUGUGCCAAAACAAAACAACUGAGAGUUGUAAAUGGCAUUCCAACACGAACAAACGUAGGAUGGAUGGUUAGUUUGAAAUACAGAAAUAAACAUAUCUGCGGAGGGUCCUUGAUAAAGGAAAGUUGGAUUCUUACAGCUAGGCAAUGUUUUCCUGCCAGAAACAAAGACUUGAAAGAUUAUGAAGCUUGGCUUGGAAUUCAUGAUGUCCAUGGCAGAGGCGAGGAGAAACGCAAACAGGUUCUCAACAUUUCCCAGCUGGUCUAUGGACCGGAAGGCUCAGAUCUGGUGUUGCUGAAGCUUGCUCGGCCUGCGGUCCUGGAUGACUUUGUCAGUACAAUUGAUUUACCGAAUUAUGGCUGCACAAUACCUGAAAAGACCACUUGCAGUGUUUAUGGCUGGGGCUACACUGGAUUGAUCAACUCGGAUGGUUUAUUACGAGUAGCACAUCUGUAUAUUAUGGGAAAUGAGAGAUGCCGUCAGCAUCAUCAAGGGAAGGUGACUCUAAGUGAGUCUGAACUGUGUGCUGGGGCUGAAAAGAUUGGAUCAGGACCAUGCGAGGGAGACUAUGGUGGCCCACUCAUUUGUGAACAACACAAAAUGAGAAUGGUUCUUGGUGUCAUUGUUCCUGGCCGUGGAUGUGCCAUCCCAAAUCGUCCUGGUAUUUUUGUCCGAGUAGCAUAUUAUGCAAAGUGGAUACACAAAGUAAUUUUGACAUACAAGUUGUAAUAGCCAUAGAAGAAGCCAAUGUUUUUGAAGCGUCCAUCAAUACAUGAGGAUUUCAGAGACUUCAAGAUUAAAGUGUCACCUAAACCAAUCCUAAAACAACUACUUGAGUGUUGUGAGUGUUCAGAUACUCAUUAAUAUAUAUGGGUGUUUUCUGAUGUUUUUUUUUGUCAGUGUUAUUUUGUAAAUGUUGAAGUAAAUUAAGGUACCUGUAAGUGCAGUAACAUAUCUCCUGAAGAUACUUGAAUGGAUUUUAAAAAAAUGCAAAAGUAUAGUUGCUAGAUGAUAAAAGAUUUAAAAGAAAAGGUUAAUCAUCCUACACUGCUUUCCAGGUUAAUAUCUUAAUGAUGAAUAAAUCAUAAGUUAAACAUUAUUUUAACCCUACCAAAAUCAUUUAUACCUUGUGUUUUUAACUUGUAACUCUGUAUUAAAUUAUAUUAUGCUUCAUAUGGCACAGGUUAUAAUUCAUUCAUUUUUUCACAACAUAUAACUUGUAAUAUCAACACACAAAUAUCCUUUUACAAAAACACAUGACUAUAACACCUGGCUGAGUACACAUACAGCAAUAUUACAAUUCAAAACAUGAUGUAACUAGUGUAAUCUCUAAAUAUUUUGGAUGUAUGUGUCUGUAUUUAUUCUAAAAUUUAAAAUAUUUGAAAGGCCAGUGGGAAUAUUCAGGAAGGGUACAAGGUAUAAAUGAUGACUCUGUGCAUAUCGUAUAUGAUCUCCACUGGAAAGUGUUUAAAGUCAGGAUAGGACCCAUAGGAUAAAAUAAUGACUAGCCUUGAUGUUUAUUUAUAUUUAUUAUCAUAGUUUUUGUGUGCAUUCUAAGUCCUAAAAAGCAGAAAGUAAUAUGUGUAUUUGUAUUAUUUCUUUCCUCCAAAUCUGGGCUACUUAUUUAUGUAUUCAGUUUUCAAAUGUGUCUUAAUGAAGAACUUUAAAGGUGUCUCUGUCUUCAAACAUGUAUUUAUAUGGGUUAAUAUUUAAAGUUGCUGCUGUGAUUGGCUCCUAGCUCACUCUUACUAAAUUUAAAAAAUAAUUUAUCAUAAAAAUAUCCAUGUUUGAAAAACUUUGUGGAUAUCCCUUCAAUAAAUUUUACUUUGAAAUAUUUUGGAGAAACAAAUGAAAAGAAAAUAUUUUUCUCAAUCUAAAAAUUCUUAGCCUUUGAGAAAUAGGAAAAAAUAUGAAGUGAAAAUUUUUUUCAAAAUUCUUUGUUUCAAUUACUUUUAAAAGUAUAAUUGAUUCUGAAAAAAAUCAGAUAUGAUAUAAAGACAGCAUCAUAUUAUCUCAUGUCUUUUAACAAAGCUCUUUGCUAAUGACAUGGAAUAUUCAUUUACAUUUUAUGAUAUAUGAUAACAUUAAAAUUAUACUUAUUAAUCUACUUGCCAUGACUAGUUGAGAGUUGUAUAUCCAGAAACAGGAUAUUAGAAAGUGAUCAGACAACUUCUAAGUUCUCAAUCUUCAUGUAUCAAUCAGGAUUAUUAAGAGUUACAACUUGAGUGUUGUGAAUUCAGUGUUCACAUUUUUGAGAUUGAAUUCUUUUAAAUUAUCUGCAGGCCAAAGAUUUAAUCAUUGCCCUAAUGCAUCCUCAUAACUUCAGGAAGUAAAUCCAGAAGUUCUUGCACAAGCUGUGGCAUAUGUGUAUGUGCGUGUAUGUGCAUGUAUAAACACAUACACAUGCAUAUAUGUUUGGGAAUAACUUAGGUACUGUGUUCAUAAUCAGUGGAUACGGAGAGAUCCAGUGAAUUGCCAGUCCAUAUCAUUUUACAAUCAUUGUAUUUUUCUUUCCCUUUUGUAACAACACAUCCUUUUAACAAAACAGAAAUAUCAAAGAUAUAUUAUUAAAAUAUUAAAGUGCUUUUAUAGCUUCUUACUGGAUUGUCUAAAUUUAACUGCUAUGUGUAGUGUAAAUUAUAUUGGUAUAGCUGUUAUGAUAAUUGCAAUAGUUUACCAUACUGACAUAUUACAGUACUUCUUUCAGUGUAUUUUUUUGUAAUUAUCCAUGAAAAGUGAAACAGAAUUUACCUAGAAUAAUAUGUAGUCGACUGUUCAGAUACUUUGGAAUCAGUGUUUCAAAUUGUAUUAAAAAGCAAACAAAUGUCAUUACAUCACCAAACAUAGCUUGUAAAGCAACUCUCCUCAUGAGGUUUUGUUUGCAAUUUGCAAAUUGGAUGGCAUUGACAGUGAAGAAGAGCAGUAGUAUCUUACUUGUUUGGAAAGGGUAUAGUUAACUUGUAAACAACACUAUGUAUGGGAUGUUUUUCUAUGAAUGAAUUUCAAAGGAAGAGAGAGGAAAAUUCAAGUUAUCUAAAAAUCUGCAUUAUAUUGUGUCAUGGACAAGAGGGCCAUUUAAAUUAUGAGCUUUCAAGGUUGGUUUUGUUUUGACUGAGUAACAGUUCCACGCUGUUACAAUUGUAGACAUUUUCUUAUGUCUGCAGGAAUAGAAGUGUAGAACUAAAAUGUUAGUCAUAUGCCUCUGCUGUGCAGAGGGGUGAUAAAUUUUUUGUAUAUUUCUUUAAUGUUAUUUUAAAUGUAAAGUAACUUUUACCAAUUUGCUGUGGGCAGGUCCUCAGUAUACUGGUUUCUAUCACGUUAGUCUCUACUAACAGGCUCUGGUUUGCUAUCUAAGUGUUUCAAUCUACAGGAAUGGGAAACACUGGAAGGCAAGAAAAAUAAAAAUAAUGGCAUGUAUUAACAAAGCUGUAUUUCACUUAUUACUGUGGAUAAUUUUUGCUAGUACCAAGGGUACUGUGCAGAGUGGAUGUUCCAGCUACAACGUUCCUGAAAAAAGCACUGUCAAGAACUGGGAGUCACUGUCAGGCAUUUUCUUUUCUUUUACAUUGACAUGUAAAACAAGCUUGUUUCUAACUUAAAUUUAAAAAAUGAAAAAAAAAGCAAACAAAAAAAAAGCUGGCUUUGUAACAUAGAGGAAAGGAAAUAGAAAGUAUCAAUACUAUCUCAUGCUAAGUAAAAGCAAACCUUAAAUUGAUUUACUGAAGUUCAAAAAUAACUAAUUCCAUUAACUGUAUGUAUAUAACCACUCAUUUACAUUUAUAGCAAACUCAUAAAAUAAAAGGAAUUUGGGUAAAGACAACAUAUUUGCCUUUUUAUAAUGAGUAAUUUGCAAUGAAUCACUUUUCAUAAUCAAGUCAACAAAAGAAUGUAUGUUUCAAAAUUCAACUGAAGUUUGUACCAAGAAUUUAUUAGAAAGAGCAAA